AUCAUUUUUUGAGAUAUACAGAUUGAUUUUUUAGAUACAAUAAUAAUACUAUGAAUGCACAUACUACAUGCAGUGAUAACCACAGCUUAUCAGAUGUUGAUUAUUCACAAUGGCAACGCAGAAAUAAAACACCCAGUAAAACGAAUGACCCUCCACGGUACGCUGCUUCAAACCUUAAUGGAAAAUCAAGAGUUGCUGAUAAGAAAACAAAUUCCACUAAGAGCAGUCCAAUGUCAACUAUUGCUGUUACAGAUAUACAUCAUGGUUCCUCAUUUCAUAGAGAGUGUUCAGCUCUUUGUCGUCAUAGAAAGAAGUCACCCAAAAAGGAAUUUUUGGUCAAAACAGAGCAGAAAAAGACAAAAGAUAGCAUGAUCAAUUUGUUAAGGGUGCAAAUAAGUGAAAGAAGCAAGUCUCUUUCUGAAUGCCAGCAACAGUAUUUAAAGCUCAUUAGGGAAAAUUUAAGGCUAAAGGAUGAAAUUACCAAUGAUGAAAAAUUAUCGCACACUGAUGUGAACCAGUUGUUAUCGAAGUAUGAAAAAUACAGGCUUGGAUUAACAGUCUUACAGAAUCAUCACGAAAAAGAUUAUGCAGUAGAGACAUCAAAACUCCAAAACACCACAAACGAAGUUCAAUCAUUGCUAAAAGGAUUAAGAGACGAAAUCAAAAUGUUGGAUCAAAAGAUUGAUACAGAAAAACUUGCACUGAAGGUUUUGUUAAAUUACAAGGAAAAAGAAUAUCCAGAUAAAUUGGAAGAGAUCAGAUCAUUAAAACAUCUCGUUAAUAAGUUAGAGAAGGAUUUUUAUGACGAAUAUGAAGAGUUGAAGAGUAUUACCGAAGUAGAAAACGUGGACUUAAUUCACACACAAAUUAAACUCCAGGAGAAAGUGAAAGAAGAGUAUGCACAGGAUGCAUUUGAAACUUUAGACAAUUCAACAAAAAAAUUAUCCCAUCAAAAUACUCUAAUGGAAAAGGAAAUUGCAUUUCAUCAAUUGGAACUGGAGAAUCAUGAAAACGAAAUUCGGAUUUUAAAGCAACAAAUACGAAGUUUGAAGAAUGAUGAAGGGAAGCGUACUGCUCAACGAAAGCAUCCCGAGUUGUUUCAAGAAAAAUGUCUGCCAGACACGGACUUUGAGCUUGAGAUACCGACGCAAAGAUGGCUGCCAAUCUAAACGUUAUACAUCCAUCUGUUUUUUUAAAAAUGCAGAUAGUGAUCACGUGUCUGCUCCGUCGAUUUAAAGGAAGCGUUUAGAAUUUUAUUAUCGGCAAAAACUGUUCGAAAUGAGGAUGCAAAGACUGACUUUUUUAAGAUCACUGGCCCAAACUGUCGGCUAUAAGUGGCGAUAAGUAGUUUUAUGUGGCGAUAAGUAGUUUUAUGAUGACAAAAAAUAGGACUAGUGAUAACAUCGACCGAAAAAUUAUGCUGCCUAGUAAUUUGGGCCAGGUUAGACUUUUGAAAAAAUAUACUUAAUCAGGACGCAACAAAAAAAGUUAGACUUUGAGUUUUCCGAAAAUUACCUUUUAAAUUGUGUACGUUCUUAUAAAAUAUUUUGUGCAGUUUAAGCAUUAAGGCACAAGCUUCUGACAAAUGAAUGCUUGUUUGCGUUAUCAGCUGCCUGACCAUGAUGCUUUUUUGUUUGUUUGUUUGUUUGUUUUUUGUUUUUUUUUGCACUUUCUAAAUCAUCAAAAUUAAAAUGGUCGAAAUUAUUCAUGAGUCCUAAAGUAACAAAAUUUUAAGGUAAGUGGCAAAAUUUUUGAUGACAAAAUUUGAACCAAACAAUUCAAAAUAGAGUUUUGCAGUAUAUCGUAUAAAGGAUGAAUUCUAUUACAUCGUUUAUAUAUUAUCUAACCUCUUAGCGUUUGCAGCACCUAAACAACCGGUUGCAAAAGUUGUUUGACAAUUACAAGUUGCUCACCCCAACUUCCAGGGCAGCCAAAAUACAAACAUCACGAUCAGUAAAAUGGAUAAUAUGAGGACCAUUUCGUAACCUCGUCAUAAUCUUGAGUACUUACUAAAAAAGUUUUAGUUUUGUUCGGUUAAUAUGCGAACUGUGGGUCAAGAUGUUUUUUUUUUUUUUGUUAAAAUCGAGAACAUGUAAAUUUAAGAAAACAGUGGAUUAUAAAUAUUGUUUUUAAUGUAGAUAAAUUAUUUUGUAUUUAUUGUAAAUAUUCCACUUGUGAGAACCUUAAAUAAUAUAUUGUGUCAAAAAUGA